CAGACGGACAAAAUUUUUGUUUCAAUACACUGACACACAUAAUACACAGAGAAAGAAAGAUGGGUAACUACAGAUUUAGAUUAUCUGAUAUGAUGCCCAAUGCUUGGUUUUACAAGCUUAAAGAAAUGGGCAAAACCAGAAACCCUAAUUCUAAUUCUUUAAAGAAAAAGCAUUUAGUUUCUCCUUCUCCUUCUUCUUCCUCAACUUCACAGCCAACCAAACCAAAACAAACUCACCACCACUGCUCUUCUUAUCCAAGAAAGUCUUAUUACUUCACUAGAGAACUUAUCCAGAAUAACCCAGAAUCCGAAACCCAUACCUGUUUCCAUGACCCUCCACCGCCGAGAAAAUCCUCUAAACAGAGACAGCUUAAAAGAAAAUCUUCUCCAAAAAAGCUUGUCACCUCCUCUGUCUCCGCCGGUUGUAGCUGCCGCGCCACCAUUUGGACUAAAUCAUCAGAUUCUCCGCCGGAUUACUCUGCUUCUAGUUCUGAUAGCUUGCCGGAGUCCGAUGACUCAUUUCCACCGCAAUUGAGGUCCGAUCAAGUUCUUGCAACCGAGUCUUUUGAUAAAAUGGUGGCUUCUUGGUCAAGCUCUAAUGAUAUUAUUAUAGAUGUGGAUAAAAAAUCUUUUUCUAGAAAUUUCGAUGAUAAUAAUAAUCUUCUUGAUUUAUCUGAUCUUGAUCUCCCUCCAAUUAUAACCAAGCCAGCUGCUAAAUUCGACGACAAAGUUGAAGAAAUCAAGAAAAACGACACUAGAGAGACAACAAAGUACAGGAAAAGCUCAGCUAGAUAUCAAGAAACAAAUUCCAAUGAUUCUUUAUCAGUACAAGUGGUUAAAGAAGAAAGCGUAACCAUGAAAGAACAUAAAACGACUUCUUCUUUUAGACGACAUUCUUUAAAUUCUCCUGGUUUAAAGCUUCGUGUUAAUUCGCCAAGAAUUGCUAACAAGAGAAUUCAGGCGCAUCGAAAGAGUGUAUCGUCGAGUUUAACAGCUUCUAGAAGAAGUCUUUCUGAUAGUUUGGCGAUUGUUAAAUCUUCAUUUGAUCCUCAAAGAGAUUUUAGAGAAUCAAUGGUGGAGAUGAUUGUGGAAAACAAUAUCAGAGCUUCUAAAGAUCUAGAAGACCUUCUUGCUUGUUAUCUUUCUUUAAAUUCCAAUGAGUACCAUGAUCUCAUUAUCAAGGUUUUCAAGCAAAUCUGGUUCGAUUUGACUGAAAAUAAGUCCAAGUAAUUUAAUAUCAUUUCUUCUUAAUUUUCUUUUUUUUUUUUUUUUUGUCAAAUAAUUAAAAUCUUUUUUCUUUUUGUUAUAUAAUCCAAUAGUAGUGUAAAGAAUUAUGGCCUGUUGAUUAUAUAUUUUUAUCAUGGGCUUCUUUAGAUUAUAAUUAUCUGAAUGUUUGGACUUUUAUGUUUAUGUUGUGAAUGAAUCCAAUUUCAAUUUCACUUGAA